CAUCCAAUUAGCAACAUGUCUAAGAUUCUCAGUGCCUUCAAACAUACCGACCUUUCUCUUGUCGCCUACGUAGCAUGUGGCUCCUUCUUGACACUCGCGUCGCAGAAAGUACACGAACGCAUCCAACGCCCUACUAUCUUCAACCACAAUUCAACGGCUGCCCUCAAAAAUCUUGAGCGCAUCGCUGAAAACACGAGAAUCACCGCCAUCAACUUAGAAAGGACACCGCAUGUCACAGCGGAAUUACUGUCAUCGGGGUCAGGGGUACGAAGUCUACACGGCUCUUCUCACCUACACUCCACAUACUUCAACAAUGCAUUUGGCGGAGCACAGGAGGACCAUGGCUUUGCUCUCAUCGACGUCGAAUCUGAUGCGUUAGUAGUAGUUGUUGUUGUUGGACAAGAUGCGAUGAAGAACAGAGGGAAUGGUUCUGGCGAGGAUAUGCUCAACACAACAAUACGCAGGACAUACAAACUCAUGAAUAAUAUCUUUGCAUCAUGGUUCAAAGCAGCUGUUGCGUUCAAUUGGAAGUGCCGGAGAGGCUAUCGCAAGAAGGUGCUGGUGCCAAAUGCUUGUUGGGUAAUGGGAUUAGAGAAGCAAGAAGAGGUCGUACACCAACACCCCACGAACGGGACACUAAGUAGCACCAAGUCUGCUUCAAGCAUGGUCGUCGAAAUUCUGUUGAGGAAAGUGAAAAGGAUUGCUGGCAUCUUUGCAUAA